AGCACAAAUUUGAGGCCCAAGUCCACAACAGCAAAUCCCUACCUGCAACAAAUCCCACCGGCCAACAGACCGCCGUUCGCCCACCAACAAUGGCCUCCCAUUUACCUCGCACCAUCCGAACCCCUCUCCUCCACCGUCUCUCUCUACGCCGCCUCUCCACCACCACCACCACCAAUCUUCCCCACUCCACACCGACGGCGCCGUUCGAUCCUCCUCCGCCUCCUUCACCACCCAAACCACCUCCAAAUCCUCCCUCACGGACCCCUCUAGAGAAACAGUUCGAGACAUGGCUCCAAAGUCUAAAGCCUGGCUUCACUGGACAAGACGUCGAGGACGCCCUGCGGGCCCAAUCCGACCCGGACCUCGCCCUCGACAUCUUCCGGUGGACCGCCCAGCAGCGCCAUUACAAGCACAACCACUCCACCUACCUCACAAUGAUCGAGAUCGCGGUUUCCGGCAAGCGUUACCGCGCUGCCGAGACCCUGAUCGAGGAAAUCAUCGCCGGCGCCUGCCCCGCGAGCCUCUCCCUGUUCAACACCAUGAUCAAAUUCUGCUGUGGCCGUAAAAACCUAUUCAGCCGCUCAUUCGAUAUCUACAAGAAGAUGACGAAAUCGCAGGACGCCAAACCUAAUCUGGAAACCUACGCGCUGCUCCUCAACUCGCUCCUGAGGAAAUUCGAUAAAUUGAACGUGUGUUAUGUGUAUUUGCCUGCAGUCAAAUCAUUAGCGAAGCAGAUGAAGGCUUCCGGGGUGAUUCCAGAUACGUUCGUGCUGAACAUGAUCAUCAAAGCCUACUCCAAGUGCCUCGAAGUUGAUGAGGCUGUUCGUGUUUUUCGCGAGAUGGGAUUGUACGGCUGUGAGCCGAAUGGGUACACAUACAGUUAUCUGGCAAAAGGGUUUUGUGAGAAGGGUAGGGUUAGUCAAGGGCUGGAUUUUUACCGGGAAAUGAGAGGAAAAGGUUUGGUGCCCAGAGGGAGUUCUUCUUCGAUCUUGAUUUGCAGUCUUGCGAUGGAGAGGAUGUUUGACGAUGCAAUUGAGAUCACAUAUGACAUGUUCGGAAAUUCGAUGUCGCCUGAUUUGUUGACCUAUAAGACGUUGUUGGGGGAAAUUUGUAGGGAUGGUAGGGGAAAUGAAGCUUUCGAGCUUCUUGAAAAGUUCAGGAAAAGGGACAGCUAUAUGAAUGAGAAGACGUAUAAGACUUUGUUGGACGGGCUGCACUUUCUGAGUCGUGAUCUCUAGUUUUAUGUGGUUUCUUCAUAUGGUGUUUGGCAGUUACCUGAUUCUAAUUGUAUGAGAUGAAGCUCAGUGCUUUAUGAAUGGGGCAAAUGGUUUUCGCCCUUAUGUUUAAAAUACACAUCUGGAAAAUGUUGUGUGGACCUCUCUAUAACUUAUUUCUGCAUUCUGGUGGUAUUUCUUGGCAAAUUGGCAAUUGGCAAUCGGCGUAUUGGUUUUCCUGUGACUGUGAUCAAUGCAGACACAGACCAAGAUUUUUAUCAGAUAUUCUUAUUUAUAUGAGGCCUUUUAGGGCGACGUUAUCUCUGUGCAGCCAAUAUACACAGGUUUUUUUCUUGUUCCAGGGAGCAAUCAUCUUCAAGUUAUUCCCAUUGCAAGAAGAUGAUUCCUCUGUAGCUUCCCAUCUUUGCAACACUUGUGGGAGGCCAAUGUUUAUAUCAAACCCCAGGCUGUCCUCAUCUUCCUCAUCGGCAGCCGGUUUCCAUGUCCCCACAAGAGGCGAGAGCACGCUGACAGCAUGGCUCAUAUCGGGCCUUUGAUAGGACUCUCGGGCCGUGCAGUGGCCCGCUAGCUCUGCCACCUUCAAAAUGCUUGAGAAAUUCUCCUCGUCAAGGAGGGAAAGGAGGACAGGGUCGAGGGCCGACCGUAUGGCAUCUUUGUCGGGUAUCAUUCGGCGGAACCAUGUGACGAGGUGGCUUUGUUCGUCUGGCAACGAGUCGUCUAGGGCUUUUCGGCCCGUGAUGAUCUCCAUGAGGAUGACCCCGAAAGCAUACACGUCUACUUUCGUGAAAGGAAAGAUGAUUUACCUGCAUAUUCCGGUGCAAGAUAACCGAACGUCCCGGCUAACCGCGUCUCGACUGAGUAAUUCCCUUCCGGAGCCGACCGAACCAGCCCGAAAUCCGCAACCUUUCCCCUCAUAUCUUCCCCGAGCAAAAUAUUCGACGGCUUCAAGUCCCUGUGUACUCAACCCCCCUCGCAACAUCCAAAGCUAUCAUCACUCUCUGGUUCCAGUCGAGUGGCGGCACCUUCAUAUCCUUCCAUUGGAACAAAUGCUGCCCCAAACUCCCUUGAGGCAUGCACUCGUACACCAGAAGCCUCUCACUCCCGUUAUCGCAAAACCCGUGCAGGGCGACCAAAUGCCGGUGCCUCACCUUUGUGAGGACCUCAAUCUCGGCUUUGAACUCAUGCAAGCCCUUGUCGCUAAGCAUGGAGGACUCCAUUCGCUUGACUGCAAUCAACGUGCCGUCAUGAAGCUUCCCACGGUACACUAUUCCGAACCCACCUUUCCCGAGCACGGCCCUCUCGUCGAAGUUAAAACGGCGCACACGACCGAGAGUAUGAUGACAAAGACAACAAUCGGGACCACUAUCACCCACGGAGAAACUUUCGAGUCGAACCCUCGACUUUCUCCAUCCGUGUCGGGCUCGAAUCCUGGCGGGUAA